UCCACUGCCGUCCGGCAAAGCCGUCAAUGUUCUGUUACCAUUUGCAACCACUUACUUGUGCGAAAUAGCAUUUUCUGCAGUCACUGCCAUGAAAACCAAAUACAGAUCAAGACUGAAUAUUGAGGAUGACAUACGCGUAUGUUUGUCGCACAUACCACCACGUUUGGACAAACUCUGCAGUGCAAAACAGGCACAACCUUCAUAUUGAACUGAACACUGAAAGACACCGCUGAUUACAGGAACAGCCAUGGUUACAUGGAUGGUAGCUUCAGCAAUAGUGAUCGCCUUGUAUAUUUUAAUCUACUACAAUAUCCUGAAGGGGGUUCCAUGUCGGAGUGACACUUCGCUGAAAGGGAAGACGGCGAUAGUUACAGGUGCAAACACGGGGUUGGGGAAGGCGACGGCGCUCGAUCUUGCUCGCCGGGGAGCCCGGGUAAUUCUGGCUUGCAGGAGCAAGGAGCGAGCAGAGCCGGCGGUCUUCGACAUCAGGAAGAAGAGCGGCAACAACCAAGUGAUCUUUAUGCACCUUGAUCUUGCGAGUCUUAAAUCAGUGAGGGCUUUUGCAGAGACCUUUCUCCAAUCAGAGCCCCAGCUGCAUUUGCUCAUCAAUAAUGCAGGCACUGGAUCAAUUGGCCUGACAGCUGAUGGAUUCAACAUGGCUUGGGGAGUAAACCAUUUGGGCCACUUCCUUCUAACUAACCUGCUGUUGAACCGGCUGAAGCAGUGCACUCCAAGCCGCAUCAUUAUCAUCUCUUCUUUGACGUACUGCAUGGGCAAAAUAGAUUUCAGUAACCUGAACACUCCUGGUGAAGGCUUUGUCAGUGGGCUACGGAACUAUAGCUUCAGCAAGCUCUGCAGCACACUUUUUGCCAGGGAACUUGCCAAUCGUCUGGAGGGAACAAAUGUCACAAGCUAUGCUGUGCAUCCAGGUUUUGUGUUCACUGAAGCUUUUCGUGAAUUGGGACUCUUGAUUAAAUUAGUGUUUGUCCCCAUAGGUUUCCUUUUCUUUCGAACUCCGACUGAUGGGGCUCAGACAGCCAUUUACUGUGCCGUGCAAGAAGGUAUUGAGAAAUUCAGUGGCAGGUACUUUGCUGACUGUGAGGUUCAGAAGGUCUUUCCUCAUGCACGAGAUGAUGCAGUGGCCAGGAAAGUCUGGGAAAUCAGUGAAAGGAUGGCAGGGCUCUGCAGCCAUUAACUGAGGAAGAAUCACCAGCUAAUUUCUAAACUCCUGUGAGCAACUUUACAAAAUGUAUAUGUGAAAAUGCUUGAAUAUUUACAGCUUUUUUCCAAUUUUAUAACUGCUAAGUUGUAAUACCAACCAAAUUGAAAGCAUGAUCAGUUUUCAAACUAUUUUUCACAUAAUCCAUUCUUCCCUUUCUCUUUCAAACAACAAACUCCACUGGCAGAGAUUAUGACAAACCAACUUGGAAAAUAUAUUUUACACUAACUCUUGAAUGAAAACUUUACCAAUUAAAAACAUUAAAUUGUUUUAACUCUUCAUUCCAUGCAGGAGCUCUAAGCUAAUUAGAUUUAUAUAUUUUUAUAUUUUAUAUUUCCUUAUGCCAUAAAAGUAGGCCAUUCGACGCAUCGAUUUUAUGUCAGCUCUCAGAACGAUCCCAUUCACCCACCUCUCUGUUCCACAGGGACGGCACAGUGGUGCUGCUGGUGAGGUUGUUGACUAAUAGCUGCAGUGACCCAUCUUGACCUCUGGUGUUGGCUGUGUGAAGCCUUCACAUUCUUCCUCUGACUGUGAGAUUCCUCCCACAUCCCAAAGACAUGUGGGCUGGGAGAAUAUUUGGCUACUGAAAGUUAUCCCUAGGGUGUAGAUGAGUGGUAGAGGGGAAGUUGAUGGGAAUGUGGAGAGAACAAAAUGGGAAAUGUAUAAUUGGGUACUUGAUGGUCAACAUGGACUCAGUGGGUCAAGGGCCUAUUUUAUGUUGUAUAAUUUUGUUACCUCUCAGUAGGUUUGACAGCCCAAUGCAGGACCUUCACGUAUACUUUCUAGUUCGGUGUUCGGGAUCUGUGUACCUUGAAAGCUGUUGAAUUAUUUGGUCUGGAAAAUGUAUGCUUCUUGCUUUGCUUGUGGCAGUCUGAGCAGCAGCCGCUGAGUUUUCUUUUCCUAACCUCAGGUUCUCCAUCUGAAGACGUUUCAGUCUGGACAUUGUGGUCCGUCAGUAUCUUGUCAACUUAGGCCAUUCUCUCCUGUGCCAUCAGGCUCCUGAGUUGAAUUUAGUCCUCGCUUCAUGAUUCUAGUCAGGGCACUGAGUGGUGACAGAGGUUGAGGUUUUUUGUUUGAUAUAACCAAUGCCAGGACUGUGUGGCCAAGUACUAACCUCCCACCACCCCCUCCCACCCCGCAUGAUAA